AUGGAUGACAUGGAUAGUUUUGACGACUUUGACAUAACGCAAGAAGAUAUAACGCAGAUCGAAAAUAUCGAGUUCGAUUUGCUGAAUAGAAGUCUUCAUUUAAGUUCCGAUGAAGAAGACAAUAUUCAGCCUACUCAUUCGAAGCGACGUCGAGUUAUACAAUCCGAAAGCGAAGACAGUGAUUCUGAAACCAACCGUGCCAUCCAAGACCUAAGCAGAAGUUUGCCGCCUUCAACAUGGACUGACCCUAAAGGUAAUCAGCGUAGAGUUAUUGCUUUUACUGAGUUUCCUGGAAUGACACUCAACUUACGCAUGACUAUGUUAAAAAAAUGUCCAGCUGAUUUUUUUGCGCUUAUGGUGACGGAUGAGGUUUUAAAUAAAAUUGUUUUAUGCACUGACGCCUAUGCCUUUAAUAGAAUAACGAUGUCUAAUGAAGCUUCGAAAGCAGCGCGCAUUCGUGGCUGGGUCCCUACUAACCUAACUGAAAUAAAAAAGUUCUUUGGGCUGAUUUUAUACAUGGGUAUAGUAAGGCUUCCGAAAAUAGCAGAUUACUGGACCACAGAUAAAAUCAUUGGACAGCAAUUUCCGCGAACUAUUAUGUCUCGCAAUAGAUUUGAGCUUUUACUCGCAAUGCUUCAUUUUUCACAAGAAGAUGAAGAGAAUACGACCGAUCGUUUACACCGAGUCAGAGACCUGGUAGAAGUAAUGAAUGCAAAUUUUAAAAAAGCUUACACUCCUGGAGAAGAUUUAUGUAUAGAUGAGAGUAUGAUACCUUUUCGCGGGCGAAUUAUAUUCCGGCAAUACAAUAAGCAAAAACGCCAUAAGUAUGGGAUUAAGUUAUUCAAACUAUGUACUUUGCCCGGGUACACAUACAAACUUAGCAUUUAUGCUGGCAAACAAAACGAUGAAGUCAAUACUACGCCUAUGAAGGUUGUUAUGGCCUUAUGCGAUGACUUGUUAAAUAAAGGGCAUACUUUAUAUACCGACAAUUGGUACACAAGCGUCGGAUUAGCUAGAGAACUUUUAAAGAACGAAACGCAUUUAGUUGGCACUUUAAGGAAGAAUCGCAAGCAUUUUCCAAAAGAAAUUGUUUCUACAAAAUUGAAAAGAGGGCAAUAUAUAGCUAAAGAAAGUAACGAUGGAAUCACUGUAUUGAGAUGGAGGGAUAAACGAGACGUAUUGGUUCUCUCUACUAAACAUUCAGUGCGAUUCCAAAGUAUCAUCAAACAUGGCAAACAAACCUCUAAACCUAAAAUAGUCCUGGAUUAUAAUAAAGCCAAGGGUGCAGUAGAUUUAUCCGACCAAAUGACAGCUUAUCAAACACCUCUAAGGAAGAGCAUCAAAUGGUACAAAAAACUAGGCAUAGAUAUACUUUUAAAUACAGCUAUGGUAAAUGCUUUAAUUCUUUAUCAAAGCGUGGCUAGAAAGAAGAUAUCAGUACUUGAGUUCAGAAAAGAAAUUAUGAAGAGUUUUGUAGAUUUCGAUACUAAUGAUACUCCAUCAAAUCAAAGAACGAAAAGAGUAAAGCACCAAUUGAAGAAAAAGGAAGGACCUACAAGUAAAUCCCGCCGUGCAUGCCAACAAUGUUAUAAGAAUAUGGUAGCUACCCAUGGACGUUUAAUCGCUAAAAACAAAACUAAAAAAGUGAACACCUUCUGUGUCAACUGUCCAGAUAAACCUUAUCUUUGUGUUGAAUGUUUCACAAAAAUCCAUUAG